CAGUCGAUCCUCGGAACAUCAACUACUAUCAAGUACCGGAGCAUUUCACUUUCGACCCUCGGCACGGAUGGACGCCGAGGAGUCGAGGAGGAAAUCAGAUUGGCAGAAUGUAUACAGUGCCGCCGAGGGAUACGGAGCGAUACUGCUUAAGGAUACUCUUGCUAAACACAAAGUGGAAAACUUCUUUUGA